GUUCAAUCCUCUUGUGCCUGUUGAGAUACAACACGGUACUUCCGUGGCUGAACAGCUAGUGAAAACUUCUGCCAUAGGCUUGACUUUCAAUCACUCGCCAAGAUGUGUGACCAAACUUUUGUGGCCAUCACUUUUGGCCCUUGCGAUAACUGCAGCAAGACAAAGCCUCUGAUGAACAUCUACCUGAAAAAUGAGGCCAUCAACUACUGCUCACUUUGUGUGGAGCUGAUGGCCUGUCAGGGACUGGAGAAGGGAGAAACCGUGGCAACGCUCAAAAAAGAAACGGAGACUCUGAAGGCAAAGCUCGAGGUGGAGAGAGCCAAACUCCACGACGUUGAAUUGCAGAAGCUUGCAGAGAAGGUCGAAGCUGUUGGACAACUCAACAUAAAAGCAAGAAGAGUCCUGAAGGGACAUGCAAACAAAGUGUUGUGCAUGGAUUGGUGCUCAGACAAGCGUAGGAUGGUUAGCUCUUCGCAGGAUGGGAGGCUUAUUGUUUGGGAUGCAUACACAACCAAUAAGGAGCAUGCAGUGACUAUGCCUUGCACCUGGGUGAUGGCUUGUGCCUACGCCCCCUCAGGUUGUGCAGUGGCUGCUGGUGGCUUGGACAACAAAUGCUCUGUAUACCCGCUAUCUCUGGACAAGAAUGAAAACCUUGCAGCGAAGAGGAAGCAAGUAGCGAUGCACACCAACUAUGUUUCUCACUGCACCUUCACCAACUCUGACAUGCAGGUCUUGACCUCCAGUGGUGAUGGUACCUGUGCCCUGUGGGAUGUGGAGAGUGCCCAGCUGCUGCAGAGUUUCCACAGCCACACAGCAGACGUGCUCAGCUUGGACAUGGGCCCCUCUGAGACAAGCAACACUUUUGUGUCAGGGGGUUGUGACAAGACGGCCAAGCUGUGGGACAUGCGCUCAGGACAGAACGUCCAGUCCUUUGAGACUCAUGAUUCAGAUGUCAAUUGUGUUAAGUUCUAUCCUAGUGGAGACGCUUUUGCCACGGGGUCCGAUGAUGCUACAUGCCGCUUCUUUGAUUUGCGAGCUGAUCGUGAGGUGGCUGUCUUUUCCAAAGAUAGUGUCAUAUUUGGCGCAGCUAGUGUGGACUUCUCUUUGAGUGGCCGCUUGCUGUUUGCUGGCUAUAAUGACUACACCAUCAACAUCUGGGACGUGUUGAAAGGAGACAGAGUAUCUAUCCUCUUCGGACAUGAUAAUCGCAUCAGUAAAGUGCGUGUCUCUCCUGAUGGCACAUCCUUCUGCUCAGCGUCAUGGGACAACACACUGAGGGUGUGGGCCUAAAGUCUCAUUCAAGCUGAAGUUACACAAGAUGCAUUUAAUGGACGAAAGUGGGGCCACCUCCAUGGCUAUCACAGUGCACGUGUUGAAUGAUCUUUUGACCUUGUGACAUGUUUAGUGAAUGGGUCUGAGAUGGGGGGGCUUUUUAGAGCACUGGCUUUCAGCUGUUACAUGCAGCACUGUUACUGUUACACAGAAGCAUCUGUUUCAGCUUUUCUCCCUACCUCAACUGUCAGGAUAUCAUUACAUCAUUAUAAAUGAAAUAAGUAUCCUACGCUGAAGGUAGUGUUGAUACUGUCAGUGGUUAAUACUAAUAAGUUUCAUAUUAUAUGGUGUAUUUUUUUUCUCCUUGUCAACAACACGAUAAGGUAACCUAGGCUAUUACAUUUCCCAUAUGGAGAGGCCGUAAACAAACUGGUUUUUAUUUCAUGCAUUAGAUUUGAACACACCACCUAUUAUCCUUUGCUAAAAUGUAGACUACAAUAGCCUAUGUUGUCAUACAUUUGCCAAUUGUAAAAACAAGGUAGGCCUAGUAAAGCUAUGCCUACUUUGCAAUACAGUAGGCCUACUUCUCAGGAUGCUCUCAAAUUAAAAGCACAACUGUUUAAUAACAAGGUGUGUAAGGGCAAGUUAAAGCACUUGCAGUGUUGGGUUUAGGUAAAGGUUACAUUUCAACGGUCAGUAUUUCAAGUAACUUCUCUUACCUACUGUAAUUUCUGUACACAGACAAUCUAAUUGAAAUAAAGUAUAUAUUUAACUAA